AUGCUUGAGCCGCGGAGACUAGGGUUAGAAAGGGAAGGACAGUGGAUUAAAUCGGAUAGAUACGUCGAUUUCAAUUUAAGUCUGGCCGCCGCAGCGAGUCUGGCCGAGGCAGCCAAGUGUGGUCAAUUCCAGGAUAAUCUUAGCGUAAACGAGUUAGUGGGUAAAUCCAUCAUUCGAAGUGUGAAGUCUCGCGGUAAGUCUAUGGCUAAGAGUAAUCGAAAUAAAAGAAGAAAUGUUGGGGAAACUGGUGAGACUUCUAGUAAUGCCACAGCAAGGAAUGUGGCUGCAUAUCAGGAGGAAGUCCAGAAUGUAGAGAAUGUUGGGAAUGUGAAUGUGGUGGCCGCUGCUGUGACUCCUGUUGGACUGGAGGUAGUGAUGGGCUUGCCGGCUCAGGUUUUGGCGAGACAACCAGUUAUUACGCCUGCUCCAGUUGCGCCACCGCUUGUUGUGAAUGUUGAACAGGUGCUGGAAGAUGUAGAUAUAUUGCAUGGCCCAAGGAUCCCAUCUUACCUAUAG